AUUAUGGAAGACUCUAUCAGCGCUCUAAAGCUGACCAUUCUGAUAUUAAUGAUGCUAACUGCAUCAUCUACUCACGGAAUUAUACUCAAAUUCAUGAACACAGUUGUGGUGGAUGGAGUUGCAUUUGAACACCCUUUUAUCCAGACCUUAACUAUGUUUAUUGGAAAUUCUUUUUGAAUUUUCAUAUACCUAUAUCAAAAGCACAAAAGCAUCAAGAAAUAUGGGUCCCUGAAAGAGAGCCCCAGGAUGAGGAAGGCAAUAGCAGAGGGACUGAAGACUGAUAUCAACCCAACAAUCUUCAUCAUCCCAAUGCUUCUGGAUGCUGGAAGUUCGACCUUGUUCUAUUAAUUG